AGUAGGGACGUCUGAGUUGCCGGGAAAACCGAAAAUGGUGUAGUUUUUACUCAGUCAAUUGCUCAGAAAUAUCUCCUAUCGAAUAUGGCAUCGUCAAGCACAUCGCCAGGACAAAGACUGAUAUCGGAUGCCGCUAAUUUGCUCUGGGGAGAGAACUUGAAAGAUGAAGUGUUUAGCCGGUGGACUCAAGGGUUUGUGUUCAGCGAAGAUGAGCCGACGGCAUUGAUCCAACAUGAGGGAGGGCCAUGUGCUGUGAUCGCCCCUGUGCAGACCUACCUCCUCAGACACUGCCUCUUCUCAGAGAGUCCCACCCCUGACCUGCAGACUACUUCAGCUGCAGAGGUACAGAGAUAUCUGGCUGAUGCCCUGGUUGACAUUCUCACCCAGAUCUCAGCUGAGAAAUUCAUCCUUGUCGACAUGGUAACAGAGGAGGAUGGUGAAUCAUCCACCUUGGAGACUGAGGAUAACCAGAAGAAACAAGAAGGGGAGACAACUGCCAAGAAAGCUCGUUUAGACCAGGAGCAUUAUCAUUCUAGUCUGAGGUGUAAGGACUGUGACAAUGCAGAUGAUCUGAAGGUAGAAAUCAAAACUCGUCUCGCAAGCUAUGGGAAACAGUUUGGGGUGCUGUCAUUCCUUUACUCUGUGGUCCUCACAAAAGGUGUUGAACAGAUCAAAAAUGAAGUUGAGGAUCCAGGGGAAGCUUUAAUAGAUGGGAUACAUGGUCAUGGAAGCCAGUCUCUAAUCAACCUAUUGUUGACAGGCAAAGCUGUAUCUAAUGUAUGGGACAAUGACAAAGAUAUCUCAGGGAUGAAAUUACGAGGAAUAUGUAAGCAGUCGAAAAUAGGAUUUCUUUCAAUGUUAGAACACUACCGAUACUGUGAGGUGGGAUGGUACCUGAAGAACCCUAUGUACCCUAUCUGGCUCCUAGGCAGUGAAACACAUCUAACUGCGCUUUUCUCAAAGGAAAAACGAUUGGUUGUUCAGGAAACGCAGCAACAAGUGGCUAGACGAAUAUUUCAGAACUUCGAUAAAGAUUCCAAUGGGUUUAUAGAGUCGACGCAACUAGGUCCGUUAAUGGAAGCAUUAGAUUUGGUCUCGGAAAAAGAAUAUGUAGAUCUGAUGAGGACAAAGCUAGAUCCAGAGCACCUUGGUAUCAUCACCAUGAAUAGCUUCCUGGAGGAAUUCUUCCCCGGCCAGAUGGUGCCAGAGACACCUCGACACUUCAUACUCUUCCACUACAACGGCCUCAGGCGAUCCUGCUUCAACAACAAGGUGGUGUACCAGCAGGCUGAGGUGACCCUGGAAGAGGAGCCAGAAGUGCAGUUUAUCACAGACACAUCUCCCAUCAAAUGUUGUCUGCAGACAAAAUGGCCCACCAUAGACAUCAAGUGGACAAACUCACACACACCCUCCAUCAACUGAUCUCAGAAUGCUGUUCCUGUCAAACUCAGCCACAUUUUUUCCACAACAUUACAAAGAUGUGAGAGGAGAGGAUGUAUUUAUGUGUACCUUACGAGGCUCUUCAGGUAUAGGCUGUACAGAAAGUACCGGGCAUAUAUAAAAAAACGUACAUGCAUGCAGAGGAACAAAAUGAUGGGUUUUUUUUUUUUAAGGACAUGAAAGUUUCUUUCUCUGAUAUUUUGUAAGGAGACAACCAAUUCCUGUACAACUACAUACUGUUUGAAUAAUACCUAGAAUGGAAGGUUAGGAGUGUUUUUUAUGUGUUUAAUUUUGAUUUCAUCAUGGGUACUGCAAGAAUUUCCCACUAGGGUUACCACAUAUCCCUUUACCCCUUUGGUUAGCAACUUUGGUUUAUAAACUUUACGGCUUGUCAUGCAUAAACAUGCACACCAAGUCUACAGGGGGCCUCCGUGGCUCAGUUGGUUAGCGCGCUAGCGCAGCAUAAUGACCCAGGAGCCUCUCACCAAUGCGGUCAUUGUGGGUUCAAGUCCAGCUCAUGCUGGCUUCCUCUCCGGCUGUACAUGGGAAGGUCUUGCAGCAACCUGCGGAUGGUCGUGGGUUUCCCCCCGGGCUCUGCCAGGUUUCCUCCCAUCAUAAUGCUCUCAAAAGUACUAUUUUAUGAUAUAUGUUUGCCUCCAUAUAUGGACUGUAAUAUCCAAAAUUUUAGGCAAUUUACAAUAGAUUUUAUACAAGGUGUGGUAAAUAACAUCAGUUUUUCUCAGCUUUCUUCAGAUCACAACUAGUGUACAAGAAAUAUUUCCACACUUUCAGUUUUGGUAGUUUGACUUUUUCUUGAAGAAAUGUACAUGCAGCACAUUUUGGACAUAAGCUGUUUUAGGAGACUGAAAGAAAUUCACAGAAUUUCUGCUACUGAUGAAGGGAUAGAAUUGGUUACAUUCUGAGAACACAUUUGGUUUCAUCAGUCCUUUGAUUGUUCCAAAACAGCUUGAUAGACUUGCCUUUCUACACCCGCAAAAAAACAACAAACUAGCAGAUUGAUUAACUCUUGAGGUCCUGCAUAAUCUAGGCUUGAAGAGAUAUACGUGUGAAAUGUAUCUAUCAAAAUCAUGUAAUUUAUUUAUUGCAAUUUUAAUUUUGUUUGUUUUGAUUUUAAAUUUAUAAUACAUUUAGCAUAGCAGAUAUCCAUUUCUAUUGAAGCUUGUU